AGGUUAAUAUGCUAUUUAUUAUAACAUACUCUCAGCUCGAACAAUACAGCUUAUAGCGCGCCAACGAGCGGGUCAGUUUGAAAACAAACCAGAGCUUAAGGUAAUUUCAGCUGGGCAGAAAGAUGUUACAGAAUGAUGCACUGCAUUACAAUGAUCUGGAGAACACUGGCGAGGCACUUAUCGAGCUCAUCGAGAGCAGUAAAGCUGAAGAUGCCCUGAGAGCAGCGAGAAAAAAACAGCAGAUGCUCUUUGACCACCAUACAGAUGCCAAGAAAACAGUUACCCAGCUCUUAAACAGCUUGAUACAGUAUGAAGAAGUUGUUGGCCAGAAGCUUUUGGAUCUGGAGGGGCAGAAGAGCCAGAUGAUGCGGGAGCUGGAGGACAUGGAACAGGAGGUGCAGCAUAGUCUGGCCAAGAGCCACACUCUGGAUUCAGAGAUACAAUUCUUACAGAGAGAGCUGAAAAGACUCAAAGAGGGCGAGAAAGAAAUUCAGGCAAUGCAACAGGAAGUGGAUGAGGACACAACUGAAGUAAUUCCCUCAGCCAUAUAUUUAGCACAGCUGUACUUUAAGGUCACGAGAAUAAAACUGGAGUUGGAUACAGAGCCUCACAUCUUACGUGGAGUUCAUUAUGGUAAAGAUCUGGCAACCCCAAUCAACAUAGACACAUCUACCCGCUCUCCCUGUGAGGUCAGUGAUGAGCUCUGGAAUCUGGUCAGCACGGACUGGUAGAGAUCUGUCUUGCUUUGGGGAGGCAGUUUUUACUUGCCACGCUUCCGUCUUAUAUGUGUUUUGUGUGUCGUCCCAUUUUAUCUAUCCUGUCUGUUUCUUUAAAUAAAUCAUACAGAAUGAAAAGAAAUCUGCUGUACUAUGUACACUAUGAGGAUUGUGUUCAUUCCACGUCACUUGACAUACAUAACAUUUAAUUGUGUGCAUUAGGGCUUAUGUAAUAAGCUUAUUUAGACUUGUGUUCUCCUUUGGUCAACAUUAUUCAUGCAAAUGUUUGUAAUGCAGUAAAUGAAAGGCCUUUUAGUGACCUCAGCACUCAUCUGUGUAGUUAAUAACAUUUAGAGGUGGGUGAGUUAGCCAGAAUUCUUUAUUACAGAAUAAUUCACUUUAUAUUGUAUUGUAUUACAGUACAUAAUAAAGUCCUUUAUAUAAAAAAGUCAGAAAAUAA